AGGUCGUAAAGUCGAUUGUUGUUGUUUUGGAGCUUGUAAUUACUCAGGAAAGUAGGCUGCGACUGGAAAGAGCAAGUCAGCAACAUGUACAUGGUCAAGCCCUUCGUUACCGGUACGGCACUUGCUGGCGGUAGCCUGCUUAGCCUCCGCGUUUUCGCGCCGCGUCUAUUCGAUUCUGCGUUACGCAUACUCGGAAAUGACCGUUAUCAGAGCAUUACCGGCCUUUACGAUGCAGACUAUGCAGGCACCGACGUCGCGGAAGGGCUCGCGCACCGUCCUCAGGAAAUUACGGAUCAGUACUACUCGAUCGCGAUGGACUUUUAAGGCUUUUCUUCGAUUGACUUGAUUUGUUUCCUCAAAUAUGGACGAACGUUGUUUUUUAGAGGGGACAGCAAUACUUACAAUGAAUCUAAGUACUUAAUCAUGUGA